AUGGAAAAUAAAGAUUCUUUACAAACUUGUAAUAGGUGCAACUGCACAUGUCCACUUAAAGAUUUUAUUGUGGAUGAAAGUAAUAUUCGAGCUCGAUGUAUGACUUGUCAUAUUAAUACUUCACAGGCAAAAAAGCGAAAGCAGCAAGAAAUUAAUGAUUAUAUAGUCAAAAAAGAAAACAUUAUUAACCUCUUCAAUGUUACAGAUUUCAUUUAUUACAUACUUUUAGAAUAUAAAAACUUGAAUGAUAAUCUUGAAUGGCAAACCCCUUUUCAACUUAAAUUCGAUAUUGAUCUGGAUUCUAUUUAUGAAAACAUUUCAACUGAUAUUAUUGCAAAAGAAAAAAACAUAUAUAUUGCUGAUUUGGAAAUUCGAUUAACUUGCAAUCUUGAUAACAAACUUAAUAACGAUUAUCCAAUCAAUAAUGAUUUUAGUAGCAUUAAUGAAAUUAAUAAACCCUCUACUAUAAAUAUGACACAAGAGAUUUAUGAAACAAAUGAUGAUUUUAUGGAUGAAAUUGAGCAAAAACAUUCUUGA